AUGGCUUUCUACUCGGUGCUGACUCUUACAAUCGCUACGCUUACCACUGCACUAGAUCCACUGCAGGACUUCUGCAGGCUGCACAGCCACAGGACGGCAGUGGUUGAUCGGAAGCUCUACAUAGAUGGAGGCUUUGUCAAUGAGUCGCCGUUGACAGCACAUUCCACCAACGAUACCAGUGGAGUGGCUGACUUCGAUACACCACACCUUGGUUUGCCGAAUCAGACGACACUCGCAAAGAAUGAGGACGUCCCAUCAGUCAGUGGUGGGAUUCUGUGGCCUGAUACGGCGAACAAAGUCAUAUAUGCAUUUGGAGGGGAACAAAGUGAACCCAAUACACCAGACGAGAGGCUGUGGUACUAUGACAUAGUUUACAACACCUGGAACAUAUCAAAGGCAGACGGAAUCGGGAAUGUCAGCGCAUCUGCGUGGGGCGCCGGAACAACGGCUUCUGACAAAGCUCUUGGCUAUUACUAUGGCGGCUGGCUCCCGAAUGCCGCGAAGUCGAAUGACGCUCCUACAGCUCUUUCCACGAUGAUAGUCUAUAACAUGUUGGACCACAAGUUCAGCGCUCAGUCCGGGCCUGAUCAGGUUGGUCGUGCCGAGGGGUUCAUGCUGUACAUCCCUGCUGGUGAUGCGGGACUUUUGGUCUACUUUGGCGGUGUCCAAGUGAUCAAUGAGAAACAAGAGCCGCUUCCUAUGUCAGACAUAUUGGUGUAUGACAUUGCAAACGCCAGAUGGUACAAUCAGACGGCGAGUGGCAGUUCUCUGCCACAAAGCCGAAGACGUUUCUGUGCUGGUGCAGUGUGGCCAGAGGACCGUUCGUCGUAUAACAUUUACGUGUUUGGUGGAGCUUCUGUUGGGGAAGGUGUCGGAUAUGGCGACGUCUGGAUACUGAGUUUGCCGUCGUUUACGUGGAUCAAGUUCUUUCCCACUUCAGACGACGACACAGUGACAACACCGUACCACUCGUCGACCUGCAACGUUUACGAGAGCUCUCAGAUGAUCGUCGUGGGUGGCCACUCUACCAACAGCACCGAAUGCGACGCUUCGGCCGUGUACGGACAACAUAGCUUAGACUUGGGCAGGGCAAACAAAGACGUCUUGAAGUGGGCAGACUUCAAUGCUAAGAUGACGGCCUAUACCGUCCCACCAGAAGUCAUCAGCGUCGUCGGUGGCAACUCGUCCGGUGGCGCACCAUCCACUGCGCCAAAGGAAGGCUGGAAUGCACGAGACCUGGGUAUCAUGUUCGGUCGACACUACACUCCUGCCGUACGAGCCCCGAACCGACUGAUCCCCGCAUCGUACAGUUCGAAUCCAGGAAACACAACUGACAACCCCAUCACCGGCCCCGCCGUCGGCGGAAGCAUAGGAGGACUCAUCUUCCUCGCUGCACUUGCCGUCUGCAUCUUCCUCGCCCGCCGAAGAGACCACUGCGCCCAAGAAGCGUCAACCCUGCAACUCCAACACCACAUCCCUCCACCGAGCUUACACGUCGAGCUGCCCGGAGACCUAGCGCGCAGCUAUUCAGCAGUCUCGCCGUCCCGCUUCGCACACCCUGGCUCGCCGGAUGCUGCGGCUUACACCGGGACGCCGCUCAGCGGGGCGCAGUACGUUUCCCCACCGCCCCCGUGGCACGGCAGCUGGGCAAGCCCCGAUCGCUCCACUCCGGCUUGUAGCCCAUGCGAGCUGGUGGACAGUAAGGAGCAGGGACGCUUGGUGCUGGCGCACGAGUUGCCCACCAUACGAACUCCCGUGCCAUCGGCUAGGCACUCGAGGCUCAAAGAGGAAGAUAUGACUCAAAACAAGACUUCAUAA